AUGAACUACGGGGGGUACCCGGGGGGCGGGUUCGACCCGUCAAUGGGCUACGGCAUGAUCCCGGGAGGCAUGCCGCCGAUGCCUCCGAUGCCCAGCGCGCCGCCGAGCGGCCGCACCGCGCCGCGCGUCCACCAGAAUGCUGGGACCAAGCGAGAGGGGUUCGUUGCGGGCAAGUUGUACUGCCAGCUCCCGAAGGACACGACGGAGGAGGUGCUGAAGGAGUACGCUGCACAGUGGGGCGAGGUCAAGAGUGUGCUUGUGUCCGACAAGGGGUACGGUUUCGUCACGUAUGAGGACCCAGAGGACGCGGUCAAGUUCCUCGACCACAAGCAGAAGCAGGGGCACUACAUCAACGGGGAGGAAAUGGACGUCCGGGCCGUCGUUCCGAGGGGCACGGAGAAGGCGUACGACUCCGUCAAGAUCUUCGUCGGCGCCCUGGCCGACGUCUCCGACGAGGCGUUCGAGCAGCAUUUUGCCAAGUACGGCACCGUCGUGACCGCCAAGGUCAUCCGGGGGAAGCCCGGGCCCGACGGAUCCACCAAGUCGAAGGGCUACGGCUUCGUUGAGUUCGAGGACCCGCUCGACGUCGACAAGUGCCUCGUCGUGAAGCACUUUUUCGAGGACAAGGAGGCGGACGUGAAGCGCACCCCAGUGGGCCAGAAGGACCCCGCGGAGGGGGGCGGCGGCGGCGGCGGCGGCGGCGGUGGCGGUGGUGGUGGCGGCGAGAGGACUCGGGGCUCCCGCGGCGGGCGGGGCCGCGGGCGCAACGCUGGCUACCCAGGAGGGGGGGGGUUCCCACCACCGGGGAUGAUGCCACCCGGGCCGGGGUACCCGCCCCCCAUGAUGGCGUACGGGUACCCAGGGCAGAUGAUGCCCGGGUACGACAUGGGCGGCUACGGCAUGGGCGACCCGACUGGGGGGUACGGCGCACCUGGCAUGGGGAUGCAGAUGGGCGGUUACGACAUGGGCAUGGCCGGCUACCCGCCUCCCGGCCCUGGAUACCCGCCUGGUCCGGGUGGGCCGCCGGGGGGGCCUCCAGGCAUGCCGCCAGGAGGCUACGGCAUGGCCCCGCCUGGCCCUGGCGGGCGGGGCCGUGGGCGCGACGGCGGCCGAGGGCGCGGUCGCGGUGGGCGCGGCGAUCGUUUCGCACCGUACUGA